AUGACGUCUCUCGGCAAAUUUCUGAUCGCGGUAGGCACGCUACUACUGGUGCAUGCGGGCUAUUACUCAGUGCAGUAUGAGAACUAUGCGAAGUUAACUGAGACUGCGGAUGCACAGAUGCCUCCGAUUGAGGUGGUGGUUGAGCUUGUGGUGUCCUUCCUUAUCUCACUUGUUGGCGUGCUGCUCACGUCUGGAGAAGUGCUGCCUAUCCGAUCCAACGACACACUGGACUCUAGGUCGCUGGCUACUGUCAUCUCCAGCCCAGACUUUCACGUGUUUAAUCAUCGUGGAGAAGCCCUGCUCAAGCGUACGUAG